GGGAGGUGGAGGCUCAGUCUCUGGAUGGGAGGUGGAGGUUCUCUCUCCGGCUAUGCUCUCACACGGAUGCUUGGUGCAGGAUCGGCCCCGUCUGUGCUGUGAGAUCGGCUGUGUUGGCCUGUGAAUAUCGGCCGAUCUCCGUCGGAUCUUAUCUGUGGUCACCAUGUGGCUCUCCCGGGACACUCCCUGCGCUCCAGCCCUGCACAGCCAGCUCGGUGCCCGGUGAGGGGGGACAAUGAGCAGCGAGCAAGAGCCAGAUGAUAGUUAUGCACGCGUGCGAGCUGUGGUGAUGACGCGGGAUGACUCAAGUGGCGGGUGGCUGCCACUUGCAGGAGGUGGACUCAGCUGUGUCACCGUGUACAAGACACUCCACCCUGAGGAUAAUGGCAGCUCAGAUUUUCUUGUCCAUGGAGAACGGCUCAGAGACAAAACGGUUGUGCUGGAGUGUGUGCUAAAGAAGGAACUGGUCUAUAAUAAGGUCACCCCUACUUUCCACCAUUGGAGGAUUGGAGAUAAGAAGUUUGGCCUCACAUUCCAGAGUCCUGCUGAUGCUCGAGCUUUUGAUAGGGGUAUACGUCGUGCCCUUGAAGAUCUCACUCAAGGUUUUCCCACAUCCCAUGCAGAAGCAGAGGUUCCAGAAGAUGGCCCACAGAUGAACAAAGAAGAUCAUGGCAGCAUACAGAACAAUGACUCUUUUUUCCGUCGUGAAUCCAUCCCAACUGAUGAGCUAUACCGCAGUUCUGCCAUCAGGCCCUCUCCGUUCGAAAACCUCAAUACCAGGAGAGCCUAUAUGCCCAGCCAGGUCCCUCUAAAGCCACUCCGACAUGUCAGCUUCCAGGACGAAGAGGAAAUUGUGCGUAUAAACCCACGUGACAUUAUCAUACGUCGCUAUGCAGACUAUCGUCAUCCUGACAUAUGGAGGAAUGAUGCUGAGCGGGAUGAGCAUGAGAUAAGUGCUCCCUUCAACAAGGCGGACAGUAAAAAAAGCAACUAUCUUUAUUCACCAGCUAAUGGUAGAGACUCUCUCAAAGAGCAAAAAUCAUCCGGUGUGUUUAAGACUCAACCUAUGUCCUCUCUUAAAAAGCGAAGGAAAGAGGAUGGGGAGCGUUCAAGGUGCAUAUACUGUCAGGAGCGCUUCAACCAUGAGGAGAAUGGACGAGGGAAGUGCCAGGACGCUCCGGAUCCUAUCAGGCGAUGCAUCUACCAGGUUAGCUGUAUGCUCUGUGCGGAGAGCAUGCUCUACCAUUGCAUGUCUGAUUCAGAAGGAGACUUCUCUGACCCUUGCUCCUGUGACACUUCUGAUGAAAACUUAUGCCUGCGCUGGCUGGCUUUAGUCACAUUAUCGUUUAUUGCCCCAUGUAUGUGCUGCUACCUCCCUCUAAGAGCCUGUCACCACUGUGGGGAGGUGUGCGGCUGCUGCGGUGGUAAGCAUAAAGCAGCGGGGUGACCCAGUGACUCAUUCAACCCAGGAAGAAUCCUUUGAAUUGCCAGGAAGCUGCUGGACCCGACGCAGGCAGUUUUAGGUGAUGCUGUAAGUGGGUUACCCAAGGAGGACUGUAGCGGAGCUAUCUGUGUUCAGAUAGGACCAGCGCGAAUAUGUAACAGUGCCAGUCUUGCAUUAGAUAUAUAAAUAUAUAUAUAAAUAUAUAUAUAUAUAUAUAUAUAUAAUUUUAUUUUUUUCCUUUUUGUAAUUAAUAUUUUAUUUUUUAUUUGCCAUUCCUGUUUGAAUGCAGAUGUUAUUCACCCAACUUGUAACAUAUAAUUGACCUGAAACCCAACAAGAGCUCAUUGAAGGGAUGAUCGAAUCUGAAUGUUUUAUGAAAAUAAGACCAUUUGAAAAUUUUCAAAUAUCUAUAUAUAUAUCUAUAUAUAGAUAUAUAUAUAUAUAGAUAUUUAUAUAUAUACAAUGUGUGUGUGUAUACAUAUUUACGUGCCCCAAUUUUGCUUCUCACACUUUAUUGGCCCUGGAACCUCCGAUAACUAACGCCGUGUAAAGUAUAGAGGAUGGAGGAAUUGGACAGCCUACAAAUACACAAUAUCUAAAUGAAUUUUUAGUAAAACUAAAUAAUUUCUAGUUUUAUUCAAGUGAUUUUAUGUAUAAAUAACAAAUGUCUAUAUUUAACUAAAUGUACGGUACAAGAACAUUUUAUGACUUUUGGGAGAAAGUUUCUUAAAGUUUGUUCCUUGCCCAACUUCCCCUGUGUUUCUGUUGGAAGUUGGGACAUUCCAGUAUAGGGCUGAGUCCUGCUGCUGUAGAAAGGUGACCUUUCUGUCUCUGGCAGCGGAAUGGUUAUUAAAGCUGUUUAUCAGUGUAUUGGUUUUUUUCUGAUGGUUUACUGUUUAUUCAGCUUUUUCCUGUUUCUCCGAUCUACCUGUGUUAUGUCACAUUAUUUAUACACUCUGGUACAUAGAAUAUAACACAAGCGUCAGAUACA